AUGGCUUCAGACAUGGUCAGUGUCAACAUCACUUCAUUUGCAGAUCCUUCCAAGUACCAGUUGUCCAAGCUCCCGCGACCUGUGGUUUCGGAGCCGACAGACGUGGUCAUCCAGGUCUACGCCGCAAGCAUUAACCCCAUAGAUGUGAAGAAGGCAUCUGGGGUAUUCAAAGCCGGACUUUCAGAAGAAUUCCCAUAUAAACUCGGGUACGACUGUGCAGGCGUGGUUGCAGAGACCGGUACUCAGGUAUCGAGCUUUAAGGUUGGAGACGAAGUUUAUGUACGUCUGCCUGAGCGUUCUCGAGGAUCUUGGAGCGAGUACGCCAAAUGUGCAGAAUCUUUUGUUGCCCAUAAGCCCAAGAAUCUCUCCUUUGGUGACGCUGCAUCUUUACCUUUGGCUGCCCUCACCACGUUACAAGCGCUGAGGAAGUAUCGAGGCUCAUUGGCUGGGAAGACGGUAUUCGUUCCGGGCGGACUAAGCGGCACUGGUGCAUAUGCUUGCCAACUAGCAAAGAAUGUCUUCCAUGCCGGUAAUGUCAUCACAACAGUUUCCACAGCAAAGGUGGCGAAAGUACCAGAGUUACUUGGCGAGGGUGUGGUGGACCAGAUCAUCGACUAUACCAAGGAGGACGUGAUGGCCCUCAUCCCGCGAGGCUCUGUCGACUUUGUCCUCGAUACGACUGGGCAAGCCAUGCAGUUCUUGUCUCUUAUGACACCAUCAACCAGCACCAUAAUUUCCAUUUCGACUCUCCCCUCCGGUACUCAACUCCAACAAGCCCCCAUCAUGAAUCGCCCAGAUAAACCACAGCUACCAUUCGUCAUGCGUGUUGCGCUGAAUGCGCUGGACUCGAUCAAGAAGCUCCGCGCCUCACGAUGGGGUGUUCAUUACGAGUAUCUGUUCCUCGAGUCAAAUGGGAAAGAUCUGGCUAGUUUGACCAGCUAUGUUGAGGGUGGGAAACUUGUACCUGUUGUGGGCUCGAGGGUAGACAUCAGAGACAUCGAAAAGGUACGAGAAGCUUGCGGUAUUGUCUACAAAGGUAAAGGUGGCAUUGGUAAGACAGUGAUUGAUAUCAUCAGAUGA